UAGAAUUUACAAGAAAAGCCCUAAAUGUUUAUUGUCAGCUCAAAGCUACAGAAAUAAGAAGAGAUUAAUUUAGGGCUUUUCUUGUAAAUUCUAUAACUUUGCAAAGAAAGGUCGUGUAGAGCUGGAAGACGUCUCAUUUUAAUCAGAAAUUUGCGGGCUACAAUUAUAUCUCAUUAAAAGAAGGGUUUAGUUAUCUAACAAAUCGUCUGAAUGAAUAAUCAUUUAUCGGUCAAUAAAUAAACAAAAGGCUCUUGAUUAUUUAAAUAUAUCUCAUAUAAAUCAAUAUUAAAUUGAACUGCAUUACCUUGUAUCUUAACGUUUUCUCUACAAUAAAAUGUACCGUCGCCUUUCAAAUCGCUUUUCAUUUAUAUAGAUAAGUGAGUCUUUAUUUUCACAUAUUCUCUAUUUUCAAAAGACAAGACUUGUCGUUUAGACGAUACACGUUCAUAAACAUAAAGGAAAAAAAUGAAUACACAUCAUUUAAUUUUUUGAAAAAUCGAUAUGAAUACGAAGUCAGAUCGGAUUUGUUAUAUUCUAAAUAAGUACUUUUUUCUUCGUACUAACUUUAUUUAUUCCACACAUUUCGAUUGAUAGUUCAAUUGUCCUCAACGGAUACAAACAUUAAUUAAAUUAAUUAAAAUUACAUAAAUAAAACAUUUGAACAGACAACUUUAACAUAGGGAUAUUUUUCCCUUUUUUAUUUUUAUAUAAUAUAUACAGUCGAUAAUAAAAAACUAGUUUGACAAGUAUCUGUAACAUACUACAUUUAUAUUCUAUUUUUCUUUUCUUUUUCACUUUUCCCCUGGACGUUAUGAUCUGAAGCCACGUUAAUAAUUUGAAAUAGUGUAUAUUCAGUAUUACAGUCAUGACAACACGAAAAGAAUGAUAGUCGAUUCUUCGUACGUUUAUCAUCUGUUUUCUGUUCAACGCGUCUCAUAAUAAGAUAAAUCUAAAGAAUAAACAUCGAAAGAUUUUCUGUUAAUUUGGCUGAUGAUUCUGUUCACCAGCUGAUAUGAAUUAACAGAAAGUUUAUUCUUUCGAUGUCGCACAACACUUUUAACAGGAAAUGUUUGGGGUUCAAAUGCAGUUCGGACCUGCGAGGCUGUACUGAAGAGAUAUAACACCUUUUUAAUUCAGGAAGAAGUUAAGCUUAGAGCACUAUAGCUAACUCUUUUGUAAAUUUUCUUUUCAAAAGUGAACAUCUCUGGUGUAACCCAUUUCCCAUUUCCUCAUUACUCACUAGGUAUUUGGCACUCUAUCGGUUUUAUCGUAUUAUGAGACGCGUUGAAUAGAAAACAGACGAUAAACGUACGAAAUCAUGAAGAAUCAACUACUAUUCUUUUCUUUUUGUCAUGACUGUAAUGCUGAAUGCACACUACUUCAAAUUAUUAACGUGGCUUUCUAAAAACGACGGAAAACGAGGCAAACAAAAAAGUCAGUUUUCUGUAACCCUGCAUCUGCUCUGAUUCUCAUUAAAAGGCAGUGCAUUUGUAAAAGAAAAUUUCAUCUUGGCAAUUAAAUGAAACAUUAUUAGUCCUUCUUCCUUUUUAAACGAAAAAAAAUGACGACUAUUCCGAACUCUGCUCGUACACUUUGGUCUCCUUUAAAAAGACCGUCUUCAAGUGCUCAAUUUCUUCGGUGAUAUUGCAAAGACGACCGCACACGACGUACGUAAUCAGCACCUGAGUACUCGUAUAUUUCUCCUUCUAUUCACCAUUGCACUUGUUUUACUGGUUCUCUAUACGUCAGUGGAAUCAAUAACUGUAACAGAAACCGUUCAGCAGCCAACUUUUUCUACAAUUGAACUGCUGAAUGAACAAUAUGCACAGACACUUGUCUGUCCGUGUGAGACAAUCGCAAUUCUCUACGAUAACUUCGUAGUUAUCGUAGCAUUUGACUCCAAAUAUCAUCAGGUCUGUCAGUCAGAUUUCGUUAGUGAACGGUGGACUGAAUAUCUUCUACGUUCACCAAAGGUGUUUCCUAUAGGCGGUCUAGCAUUUCAGGUUUUGGCAACAUUAUGUUUACUAUCGCAACAAAUUGUAAAGGAUGAAUUAUUAGUAUUCUAUUCUACUGCAUUCAUAAUUGAUACAUUUGUAUCCAAAUUGACUUUUAUUCAGCAAGUCGUAGCGUUAACUAAUACGUUUAAAGAUAGAACUAAGAAUUCAUUUACUACCACAUUAAGUUCAGUAAAAGAUCUAUUACAAUCCAACUCAUUGUUGACUGUACUACAGACAAACUAUGCUUUAGUACAUGCAAACUAUGAUAGUGAUUUGCUUGUUAUACUCGACCGUCUCUAUAACGGUGUAUGUUCGUGUGCACAAUCAUCUUUAUACGUAGAAGAAGCUGGUAUCUAUCAGAAUGUGAAUGGCAGAUUACAAAUUAUCUUUAAUAUUAGUAAUUUUUAUACUGGUUGUUAUGUUGUUGAAGCUCUUCUUCAAUCGAGUCUUGCCUAUUUCUAUAAUCAAACGUCUGUGACUGAACUACAAUCAUACCUCGAUUUCGGUAAUGAUAGUGAGAAAUUCAAUGUAACAGCUCUUGACCUAUCUAUACCGAGUAAUUACGCACCGACAACAACAAUCGGUGAUCUACUCAAUAUGUUAAUGAUUGAAGAUUGGAAUUUGCAGACAUCCUUUGAGUCUCGUUUCAAUGUAUGUCAACCACUAUCGUGUACCUACAUGUACAGUGGACAUAAUGGCCGUAUCUAUGUCGUUACGACCACAUUUGGACUGAUUGGUGGAAUUGCAACAGUACUUUUUUUCUGGGGCGAAGAAAACGUUGCUAGAAUCUUUGCUCAAGAUGUAGAAUAUGAAAAAUCAAUUAGUACUGUUGUUUAUAAACCCUUUCGGUUUUAG